AUGGCGCAAUCACUAAGGGCCAGCACUCGCCUGGUUGCUCGGCUAAGCUCAAGAGCGAUGCCACUCACUCGCCGGAGCUUCACAAUUUCGUCGGCUGCGAGAAUGCCCGACCUGGUUCAGGACUUGUAUCUCAAAGAGCUGAAAGCCUACAAGCCACCGCCACAGAAAGCAUCCGACGCCGAGGGCCAGGUCCAGAAAUUCACACCUCCGCCAACGCCAAACUCGCCGGAAGAGACGAACCUUGCAAGCGAGAUGCAAGAUUAUGAGAGCCAAGCAGUUGAAAUCGAAGGUCAAGCUGCAGCUGGUGAAGCGGAAGAGGGAGGUGAAGAGGACUUCUUCGAGGAUAUUGAAAAGAUCGACGAGGAAGAUGCUGCCCAUCAUUGA